AUGGAGCCAUCGGAAGUAGUGGACCCCGUCAGGGUCAAGAAGGAGCCGGUCUCACCCCGUGAGAAGGAUUCACACUCCAUGAAGAAACCCACAUCGAAACACGGAUCGCAAAGCAGUAUGAAACAUUCAUCCUCUUCAAGCAUCAUGAAGCGUGCCAAAGCAGAAGCUGCUCGUGCUCUCAUAAGGCUAGCUGAAGAGGAGGCAGCUCUCAGGAAAACGUUAUCUCAGCUUGAGGAACAGGACGAGAUUGACCAAGCAACUAUUAGAGCCUCAGCAGUGAGAAGGAGAUCCGAUUACAACGCAGAUAUGGAUCUACUGACAGCCAAGAAAACAGCAGCUGCACUGGAUGCAGAAGCUAGAGUGUAUGAACAGGAAUCUGUUGGAGGUGACUUAAGUGAAUUUGAUAACAUUGAUGAUGAUAUUCGUGUACCAGAGGAAGACCCUCAUGAGAGGACUAGUGAAUAUGUGAACACUGUGCAUUUGGAAGGACAAAGUGAAACCAUGUGCCCAGACGCAUCCAUUGUUCCACAAAACGCUACACACAGACCACAAUCCGAACCACAGCCAGUAUCUCAUGCUACCCAUGAGAUGAACGACUCACGCCGAGCAAUUCUGACCAAUAACCCAGUAGAUACAUAUCGCGACCUUCCUGAAUCAGAUAUACGUCCGCAAACACCAGCUACAACAUAUGCAGAGAUGCCGCCUGUCACGCGUCCAAACAUUCCAAUGUUUCCUGACAUUUCCAAAUUCCUCUUAAGGAGAGAACUGUUAAUGUCUAGACUCUAUCAAUUUUGUGACAAACCAGAAACCUAUUUCGUGAGGAAAUCGAGUUUCAAAAAUGUCCUCGCCGACUUACAAGUUUCUGAUUUUGAGCAACUUGACCUUUUGGUGAAGUGGCUAGGGCCAGAAUCCAGCUCAUAUGCCUUGAGUAUUCGGGCCGCCAAUGCAGACAACCCGUCGAAAGCUCUGCGUCUCCUAUGGGAGAGGUUGGACCAAAGAUAUGGUGCACCCGAAAUGAUUGAAAGCAUUUUAAAGGACAAGCUUGCCAAAUUUCCUAGACUUAGCAUCAAGGAUACACAGAAACUCUUUGAACUUGCUGACCUACUUACAGAAAUUCUAAGUUUAAAGGAACAGACAGCAUACAAGCCACUUCUAGCAUAUUUCGACUCUUCGGUUGGGAUAAAUCCAAUCAUAGAAAAGUUACCUCACAACAUGAGGGAAAAGUGGAUCUCAAGAGCCUACAACUACAAAGAGACCAAGCAGUGCUUUCCACCGUUUAAGUUUUUUGUUGACUUUGUAAGGGAAAUGAGCCGCGUCAGGAAUGACCCAAGUUUUUCCUUCACCGAAACUAUGAACACACCGCAGAAGUUCAUUCGCUCGUCUCCCUUAGCUGUUAAGACUCGAAUUACCACUGCAAGGACAGAAAUUUCCUCAGAUUCGAGGGACGACACCGUCUGUGCCAUUCACGGAACAAGCCAUCGACUAAGUGAGUGCCGCGCAUUCCAGACUAAACCAUUAGAAGCCCGGAAGGCCCUUCUCAGAGAAAAGGGGUUGUGCUUUAAGUGCUGUGACUUCAUGCAUAAAAGCAGACACUGUAGGGAAAAGAUUAAGUGUACCAUUUGUGAUAGUGACAAGCAUGUGACAGUUAUGCAUGGAGACACCCCCUCUAAAGUUCAUGGCGGGGAGAGAACUCCUCAUUCAGGGAGAAAUACCUUCAGAACUACAUCCAAUCCACUUGUGGUGGAGUCCUCAUGCACGGAGAUCUGCGGAAAUAUGACCUACGGGAAGUCGUGUGCCAAGAUCUUGCCUGUGUUUGUACAUCAUAGCAAAGAUCCAAGGACCCGCGUGAAAAUGUACAUAAUUCUCGAUGACCAAAGCAAUCGAUCUCUUGCCAGAAGUUCGUUCUUCGACAUGUUCAAGAUUUGUUCACCACCCGAGGAAUACAUCAUGAACUCUUGCAAUGGAAAACUCGUAACUUCUGGUCGACGUGCCUCGGGUUUUGUGAUGGAAUCCUGCGAUCGCCAUGUGAGCAUAGACUUACCUGUUCUCAUUGAAUGUGACAAUAUACCAAACAACAGACAGGAAAUUCCAUCGCCGGAUGUCACGAGAUAUCAUCCACACCUUGGUGACAUUGAGCUUGACCGCUUAGAUGACCAGUGCCAAAUCUUGUUGCUCAUCGGCAGAGACGUACCAUAUGUACACCGCAUUCUCGAUCAGAAAACUGGCCAUCCCGAUGCACCGAUUGGACUUCGAUCCCCAUUAGGAUGGACUGUGGUUGGUGACGUGUGCCUUGGAUCUCAGCAUCAAAGUAAUGACGUCAAUGUAUACAAAACUUUUGUAUUAUCCAAUGGACGACCAUCCUUAUUACGACCUUGCGAGAACCAACUCGUGAUUAAAGAUUCCCCAAUGUCAAAUAGUUGUACCAAGCAACUUCUAGGUAUUGAUGAUAAGACAUUUUUACUUACUCCUGACGACAAUAAGCCAGGAUUAUCUACAGAAGAUAGAAUCUUCCUUGAGGAAAUGGAAAAAAACUUCAGAAAGAACUCGGAUGGUAACUGGGAGGCCCCACUUCCGUUUAAGAGCCAGCGCCCACGUUUACCAAAUAACCGUUCCAUGGCUUUGGACAGAGCUAACAGAUUCGAUCUUAGUCUUAAAAGGGAUCCUGUAAAACAAAAACAUUUUAUCGAUUUCAUGCAGAAACUCUUUAAUCAUAAGCAUGUCGAGGUAGCGCCACCUGUUGACGAGGAGGAAGAAGUUUGGUAUCUACCUGUCGUCGGCGUAUAUCACCCUCGCAAGCCAGACCAGAUAAGAGGAGUGUUCGACUCUUCGGCUACCUUUCGUGGACUAUCCUUGAACGAUGUCUUGAUGUCUGGCCCAGAUUUGAACAACAGUCUGCUCGGAGUGCUCAUUAGAUUCCGAAAGGAGCCAGUGGCCAUAACAGCCGACAUACAGCAAAUGUUUCAUUGUUUUUAUGUUAGACCCGAUCAUAGAAACUACUUGCGCUUCUUCUGGCACCGAAACAAUGACUUCAACGAAGACCUGAUAGAACACAGGAUGAGGGUCCAUGUGUUCGGAAAUAAACCAUCGCCCUCCGUAGCCACGUACGGUCUACACAGAACUGCAUUAGACGCUAAGGAUUCCUUUGGACCAGAUGUCACAGACUUUGUUCUGAAACACUUCUACGUAGACGACGGUUUGAUAUCUGUACCCACCGAGAAACAAGCAGUAGACCUGAUGAAACGAACUCAACAUGCUUUAGCUGUUCAUGGUAAUUUACGUCUGCAUAAGAUUGCUUCAAACAGCAAGGAUGUCGUACGAGAAUUUGAUCCAGACGAUCUGUCGAAGGAGCUAAAGAGCCUAGAACUAUCAGCUGACUUACCUGUACAAAGGAGCUUAGGACUCUACUGGAACAUGAACCUUGAUACAUUUACCUUCCAGAUCUCCAGCGAGGAGAAACCCUUGACUCGUCGUGGAGUAUUAUCUGUGAUAAACAGUAUCUACGAUCCCUUAGGAUUUGCCGCACCGGUGACGAUAGAAGGGAAGCUGAUACUGCGCCAGCUGACAGUUGGAAGCACUGGAUGGGACGAGCCACUCAUCGAUAUCGAAGGACAGAAAUGGCAGACAUGGAAAAGGAUGCUUUCCGAUCUCCAAGAUGUAUCCAUACCCCGUCAGUAUGUUCCAUGUUCUCUGCAAGGGAAUAUUCGUAUCAAGCUACAUGUGUUUUGUGACGCAUCUGAGAAAGCAAUUGCUGCGGUUGCCUACAUUCAUGUGAUUUAUGAUGAAAACAAACACUAUGUAGGAUUUGUUAUUGGGAAGACCAAAGUUGCGCCCCCUCAUGGGCAUACGAUACCAAGACUCGAAUUGUGCUCUGCUCUUCUUGCAGUUGAAAUCUACCAAUUGGCCAAUGAACAUUUGAACAUCGAGUUUGACUCUGUGAAAUUCUACUCCGAUAGUAGAGUAGUUCUGGGGUAUAUUACCAACCAGACAAGAAGGUUUUUCAUUUACGUUUCGAAUCGAGUUGAGCAAAUACUCAAGCAUUCGACCCCGGAGCAAUGGAAUUACAUUCCUACAGGACUAAACCCUGCCGACAUUGGGACCAGAGGCAUAGCAGCUAACAAGCUUCAAAGCAGUGCUUGGAUACAGGGACCCACUGAUUUUCUCAUGAGACAGUCAUUAGAACCUGAUGAUGCCUCUAACCUGAUUACCUGCAAAUCUGAUGUGAAUACCUACCUGUCUGAAGUCGAGCCAGUACCUGAAGCUACAUCUGGACAAAGUAUUGUUGACAGAUUUGAGCGGUUCUCUCAGUGGUCUAGACUGGUGCGUGCGUUCGGUAUUCUGAAAACUAGAGCACGCCAAAGGAGAAAGAAGACGUCAUACAAUCAGUCUGUUACCUUCAGAGAAGCUGAAAACUUUAUCAUAAGUGUAGUACAGCACAGCAUUUAUAGCGAAGAGAUUCGAUGUAUCAGCAGUGCCCAGGCCCUUCAGAGAGGAAGCGCGAUUCAAGCACUGGGUCCAGUCCUAGACGAGCAGGGCAUCCUACGUGUAGGAGGGAGACUCAACAAAUUGAAGUUGGAUAACUUUGAGAGGAACCCAGCUAUUAUCCCAGGGUCUCAUCACAUUGCUACCUUACUAGUCCGUCAUCACCAUGACCUAUUGAAACACCAGGGCCGUCACCUUACAGAGGGCGCUGUCAGAUCUGCAGGACUCUGGAUCACUGGAGGAAAAAGACUUGUGUCUUCAGUUAUUUACAAAUGCAUCACCUGCAAGAAGCUGAGAGGAAAGAUUGCGGCACAGAAAAUGGCUGACCUCCCAGCUGACCGGCUUGAACCUGCACCUCCAUUCACCAACGUCGGUGUUGACGUCUUUGGCCCCUGGCAGGUCAUCACUAGAAAAACACGAGGAGGGAGUGCAUCCUCCAAACGAUGGGGUGUUUUAUUUACAUGCUUAGUGACGAGAGCGAUUCACAUAGAAGUAGUUGAUUCGUUAAGUUCUUCAGCAUUCAUCAAUGCAGUGCGCCGAUUUACCAGUAUUAGAGGGAAAGUUAAGAUAUUUCGGUCGGACAGAGGUACCAAUUUCAUUGGAGCAACAGACGACCUGAAAUUGAUACCAUCAGCGUUGAAGAGGACACAUUGA